AUGUAUGUUUUUCCAGCAAGAAAGUUUCAAAUCCAAACACCCGGUUCAACAACAUUUACAUGUAUUUCUUGGAUGCUAAAUAGAGGUUAUGUAGCUGUUGGCGGUAGCGAUGGAGCUUUGCGUGUUAUGUUAUUAAAUCUAGAUCAGGACAAAUCAAAUCCUCCCUCGUCAUUAAAUCCUUGGCUAUCUAGUCAACAACUUGAAGGCCACUCUUCUAGUGUUAGAGUUUUAAGUUGGAAUGAAGUUUAUCAAAAAUUAGCCUCUACAGAUGAUGCUGGUGUUAUUAUUGUUUGGAUGACACACGGGUUAUUUAAAAAAUUAACUUUAAAAUAA